AAACCUCGUGGCAUCACGUGUCUACUUCCUCGUCUCUCCAGCUCGAGCUCCCUAUCGCUCUUCUUCACGAACGCUCAGGUCGAACAGCCCCCCCUUUCAUUUUUCUGCUAUAGCUCAGUUUUCUUGGUGAAAGUCCAUAAUGGAUUAGGAGGCCCAACCAAAUUAACAAGUUCAGCAGUAAAAAACUUGGUGCUUCCCAUCUUUCGGUAAUCAUUCAGUGAAAUGAUUUCUGUUUGUAGAUAUGGCUUUAGAAAUAGUUACAUGAACAGAAACUUCAGUAGGCUCUGUUAUGAACAUUCGUUUCAUCAAUACUUGUCUAACCCGCAAAGGAUGGCUGUUCUUUCAUAUAGUUCGAAUCCAAUUUAUAGCACUUUGAGGCCUAUACAGUAUUUGAGUCAAACCCAAAUUGACCCAGUUCCCAAAAUUGCUUCAAAUGGAUUUCUUGGUAUAUAUGAGCGGUUUUUGUUGUAUAACUUUUACUCAACCAAGCCCCCUUCGCGAUCUUUUAGAAGGAGAGAAAGUAGAAGAGUCAAAUCCAGUAAAUCAACUCUUGAUGAAGUCCAAUUUCAAAGGGCCAUAUCCCAGUUGUUGCCUAGAUUUACACCUGAAGAACUUUGCAAUGUUAUAACUCAGCAAGACGAUCCUAUUGUGUGUUUAGAGUUGUUCAAUUGGGCAUCGCAACAGCCACGGUUCAAACAUGAUGUUUCUACUUAUCACAUUACGGUCAAGAAAGUUGGGGUAGCUAAAAUGUAUGAAGAAAUGGAUGAUGUUGUCAAUCAAGUGCUUGCUAUUUCCUACAUUGGUUCUGAGGCACUUUACAAUUCCAUUAUCUAUUUUUUCACGGAAGCUCGGAAGUUGACUAGAGCUGUCAAUAUAUUUAAACACAUGCAGAAUAGCAGAAACUUGAAUUGUAGGCCUUCAAUUAGGACGUAUAAUAUUCUUUUUACGGCCUUUUUGAGUAGGGGAUCUAAUUCUUACAUAAAUCACAUGUAUAUGGAGACCAUUAGGUGCCUGUUUAGGCAAAUGGUGGAUGAUGGGAUUGAACCUGAUAUUUACUCUUUGAAUUCUAUGAUUAAGGGGUAUGUACUUUCCCUUCAUGUCAAUGAUGCACUUAGAAUAUUCCAUCAGAUGGGUGUGGUCUAUAAUUGCUUGCCCAACUCAUUUUCGUAUGAUUAUCUCAUCCAUGGGUUAUGUUCCCAAGGCCGAACAAACAAUGCUAAGCAGCUGUGCAAUGAAAUGAAGAGUAAAGGGUUUAUCCCAAGUAGUAAAUCAUACAACUCGCUUGUGAACGGUUUGGCUCUUAAUGGAGAGGUUGAGGAGGCAGUGAAGUAUUUGUGGGAGAUGAUUGAGAAGCAAAGAUCAGCUGAAUUCAUUACUUAUAGGACAGUGCUUGAUGAAAUCUGCAGACAAGGAAGGGUGGGAGAGGCAAUGAGGUUGUUGAAGGAGUUCCAGGAGAAAGACCUUCUGAAUGGGCAUACUUACAGGAAGCUUCUAUAUGUGCUUGAAGAUGACUAUGGAGAUUCGAGUGCCCACUCUCAAUUCAGGUAG